GUGGCGCAGCGCCUCUCCUUCUCCCGCCGCCUUUGCGCUCCAGGUGGGACAGAGUGGGAUGGCGGCGGCCACGGCGGAGGAGGCGGUGGCUGCUGCUGCUGCGGCGGCGGCUGCUGCUUCUGGGCCCGCGGAGUGGGAAGUGCCGACGAAGGCGCUGCGGGCUUUCACUUGGCUUGGGCAGGAGUUCCUGUCGGACUGGGAGGCCCAGGACUUGCGCGCCGCCCUCUUCCAGCUGCUCCUGCUCUGGCUGCUGGUGAGCUUGCUCGGCAUCCAGGUGGCCUGGCGGGUCUACGGCAACACCGUCACGGGCCUCUACUACCGGCAAGGUCCAGGAGGGCAGAAUGGAGGGACACCAGAUGGAUCCUCGCACUUCUCAAUGUGGGAGAGUUCAAGUAAUGAGAGUAUGAAAACACAUCGGGAGUGAUGGCAGAGGUUACUAAGCCAAGCUCCUGCUGCUCUAGAAGCAUAGAGGAUGCUGACGCCCGCCCGCCUGCCUGCCUACCCAGAGGCCUCGCUCUUUCAGUGCUGAGGAGA